AGCUCGGCUUUCCAGCACCGAAUCUCUGCCUCUUCCGCUUACUAAAUAAGCGCGAUCCGAUAAUUCUGACUACUCUACAUUGAAGAUUGUAUAGAAUUGUAUAAAGGAAUCUGGGAUCUCCGUAUAGUUGAUAUGCACCAUGCCGCUUCAUCGCCUGAGCACCACUUCCGAUAUCCCAAACCGAGCACAUAUCUCUGACUCUACGAUCUCUUUAACAUGUCUGUUCAAGAAAAGCUUAGCCAGCGGUUCCCCGACACCGUGUACACAGCCUUAGUCCCCCCGGAUCAACACUUGGGGUUCAAAUAUACCGGCUUCCAUCCUGGAAAAACCCAGAAGCUCCCCAAGGGCCAUGUCAAAACUCCCGGUCUUCAGGCUUUCCCGGUGGACGUGACCUGGGAACAAGAUGUGGCGAUUCCCAUGCGGGAUGGAAUCAAGCUGUAUGCGGACGUCUUCCGACCAGAAAACGAGGACGUGCAGGUGCCCGCCAUUAUCCCCUGGAGUCCGUACGGUAAAGUCGGCACGAGCACACUGAACUUAGACAACAUGGGGUCAUGGAAUAUUGGAAUACCGUAUCAGAAUAUUAGCGGAUACGAAACCUUUGAGGGCCCGAACCCUGCGGAAUGGUGCUCCAGGAGUUAUGCUAUCGUCGACGUGGACGCCCGAGGCAGCGGUAAUUCAGAGGGAGAUCUCAUGUUUUGGGGAGAACAGGAAGCGACUGAUGUUUACGACUCUAUCACCUGGGCUGCUCAGCAGCCAUGGUGCAACGGUUCGGUGGUCAUGAUGGGAAACUCCUGGCUCGCUAUCUCGCAGAUCAAUUUCGCCUCUCGCUUCAAUCACCCGAACCUCAAGGCCAUCGCUCCAUGGGAAGGACUGACCGAUCCCUACGGACAGCAGUCCUGUCGAGGUGGAAUCCCGAAACUGGGUUUUGGUGAUAUGAUCAUCCAAGCAUUUGCAGGCCGAGGCAAAGCCGAGAAUCUGAGCGCGAUGGCCAAAUCGCGACCUCUAUUCGAUGACUACUGGGAAGAGAAACUAAUCAGACCGGAAAACAUCCAUGACAUUCCGAUAUAUCUUACAGCCUCAUACUCCACUGGUCUGCACUGUGAAGGCUCCUUCCAGACGUUUGAACGGGCACAAACGGCUCGCAAGUGGCUUCGUGUCCACGCAUCACAGGAAUGGCAUGACCUGUACCAACCACAUGCCACGGACGACCUGCAGCGUUUCUUCGAUUACUACGCGAAGGGCAUCCAGAAUGGGUGGGAGGAGGACACACCUCCGGUCCGACUUAGCUUGCUGGGAUACGACGGCAGCUAUGCCAGCACGGUGGUAGAGCGUGCGGAGCAACAAUGGCCUCCUGCUCGUCAACACAUGAGGCGAUAUUAUCUGGAUACAGGCAACCUUACCAGGACGAAGCCAAGCACUGCUUCCCAGGUGGUUCAUGAAGGCCAUUCGCUGAGUGAUUCCUCAGACUUCGUCGUCUACUUCGACAGAUACACCGAGGUCUGCGGACGGCCAUUCGUGAAGCUCUACAUGUCCUGCGACGCAGCCGAUGAUUUCGACGUAGUCGUACAGAUCCGCAAGAUCUCCUCAUCCGGAGAGCUCCUUGAGUCCCUGAACUGGUCCCCGAUGCCCAAGCCCGGACCCGAUGUCCCAAAUACCAACGUUGCGAAGCAUCUUGGCCAGCAGGGAAUGCUUCGCGCGUCUCACCACGUCAGCUUGCGGCCGCGUCAAAGCGACGAUGAGGGCCCACAGUACGAUCACAAGUCUCGACAGCCCAUUACCCCCGGUGUAGUUGUCCCUUUGCUUAUUCCUGUCUGGCCGGUCGGGAUGGUCUUCGAGGCUGGGGAGGGUUUGAUGCUCCGGAUCUCUGGCCAUGAUAUGGCUCUUCCUGAGGCCGAAGCUCUGCGGUUGACAAGCCCUGUUGAUGAGAAUCAGGGUACACAUACUGUAUAUACUGGUGGAGAGUAUGACAGUUACAUCGUGCUUCCUGUGAUUACCAUCUAGGGAAUGUCUUUGGUUUUGUUCUCGGAUAACGGAUUUUGUGGGUUUCUUUUGCCAGGCCUCUGCAUGUUCUGUUCCUUCUUCGUCACGAGCGUAGGUGCAUUCAGUCCCCACAAAGCUCAUAAUACGGGUCGAUGUUAUAGACUGGGUUUGUAUAAGUUACCGGAAGCCGGAAGCAUCGCAGACACCAUAAGUCGAAGUGUAGCCUUGAACGGGCCCGGAGCUUGAGCGUUCGCUGGCGCAUCAAAAUCUGAAAACUCAUGGUCUGUUCCUGCUGGAUGAAGACUAGAUGGCGGUAUUGGAAGAGACAGUGUGGGCCUAGGGAACUCUCGACUUGAUGGGAGAAGUUGUAUUCUGAUGUCCAGAGUGGUAAGAAUCGGACGUGGUCGGGGAGUUUCGCUCGGUAGAGACUGGUGGAAACGUUUGGGAUGAAGC